GCAGCUCUUCUGGGUUCUGAGUCAGCAGCAGGCCAAGAGAGGAAAGUUUCAGGAUGCCCAUCGCACAGCUGCUAGAGCUAUGGAAGAAGAUAGAGGUGGAGCCCAUGGAGGUCGAGACCCCCGAAGAGGACCUGAAUGUGGACACAGAGCCCACCACCGAGGACUCCUCAGAAGAGGAGGAGGCCGUGGUGACAGAAAUCCACAUCAGCCACCAUGUGAAGGAGGGCGCAGAGAAGGCUGACCCUUCCCAGUUCGAGCUCCUGAAGGUGCUGGGCCAAGGCUCCUACGGCAAGGUGUUCCUGGUGAGGAAGAUACAGGGCUCGGACACAGGCCAGCUUUACGCCAUGAAGGUGCUGAAGAAGGCAACCCUGAAAGUUCGGGACCGGGUCAGGUCGAAGAUGGAGAGGGACAUUCUGGCGGAAGUGAACCAUCCUUUCAUCGUGAAGCUGCACUAUGCCUUCCAGACGGAGGGGAAACUCUACCUGAUCCUGGACUUCCUGCGCGGGGGUGACCUCUUCACCCGCCUCUCCAAAGAGGUGAUGUUCACGGAGGAGGACGUGAAGUUCUACUUGGCUGAGCUGGCCUUGGCCUUGGACCACCUGCAUAGUCUGGGGAUCAUCUACAGGGACCUGAAACCCGAGAACAUCCUGCUCGACGAGGAUGGCCACAUAAGAGUCACAGAUUUUGGCCUGAGCAAGGAGGCAGUGGAGCAUGACAAGCGCGCCUACUCCUUCUGUGGGACCAUUGAGUACAUGGCGCCCGAGGUGGUGAGCCGGCGUGGACACACACACACAGCCGACUGGUGGUCCUUCGGGGUGCUCAUGUUUGAGAUGCUCACGGGGUCCCUGCCAUUCCAAGGCAAGGACAGGAAGGAGACCAUGGCCCUCAUCCUCAAAGCCAAGCUGGGCAUGCCACAGUUCCUCAGCAUGGAAGCCCAGGGCCUGCUGAGGGCGCUCUUCAAGAGGAACCCCUGCAACCGGCUGGGAGCCGGCAUCGACGGUGUGGAGGAGCUCAAGCGCCACCCAUUCUUCAUCACUAUUGAUUGGAACAAACUCUACCGUAGGGAAGUCAAGCCGCCCUUCAAGCCUGCUGUGGGCCGGCCCGAGGACACCUUCCACUUUGACCCUGAGUUCACAUCACGACCCCCACAGUGUGUCCCCCCCACAGACUCCCCCGGUGUGCCCCCCAGCGCCAAUGCCCACCACCUGUUCCGAGGGUUCAGCUUCGUGGCGUCGAGUCUGAACCAGGACUCCUCCCAGCAGGACUCCCACAUGGCCGCUGUGCACCCCAUCGUGCAGCAGCUGCAUGGGAACAACAUCCUCUUCUCUGACGGCUACGAGGUCGGUGAGGACAUCGGCAUCGGCGCCUACUCCGUGUGCAAGCGCUGUGUGCACAAGGCCAGUGACACCGAGUAUGCUGUGAAGAUCAUUGACAAGAGCAAGAGAGACCCCUCGGAAGAGAUUGAGAUUCUGCUGAGGUACGGCCAGCACCCCAACAUCAUCACCCUCAAAGAUGUCUACGACGAUGGCAAGCAAGUGUACCUGGUGACAGAGCUGAUGCGUGGUGGGGAGCUGCUGGACCGUAUCCUGCAGCAGCGCUGCUUCUCAGAGCGGGAGGCCAGCGCUGUGCUCUGCACCAUCGCGCGAGGACCAUGGACAUACUUGCACUCCCAAGGGGUGGUCCAUCGAGACCUGAAGCCAAGUAACAUUCUGUAUGUGGAUGAGUCUGGGAACCCUGAGUCCAUCCGCAUCUGUGACUUCGGGUUUGCCAAGAGCAGGCUGCGGGAGAAUGGGCUGCUCAUGACGCCCUGCUUACAACGGCCAACUUCGUGGGCACCCGAGGUUCUUAAGCGGCAAGGCUAUGACGCAGCAUGUGACAUCUGGAGCCUGGGGAUCCUGCUGUACACCAUGCUGGCGGGGUUCACACCUUUUGCCAAUGGCCCUGAUGAUACACCUGAGGAGAUCCUGGCUCGGAUCAGCGGUGGCCAGUAUGCACUGUCGGGUGGGAACUGGGACUCCAUCUCUGACUCGGCCAAGGAUGUCGUGUCCAAGAUGUUGCACGUGGACCCACAGCAGCGUCUGACGGCCCUGCAGGUUCUCCAGCACCCCUGGGUGGUGGACGGGGAGCACCUGCCCCAGAGUCAGCUCAGCAGGCAGGACGUGAAUCUGGUCAAGGGAGCUGUGGCUGCCACCUACCUAGCCCUGCACAGAAGCCCCCAGGUGCCUCGGCUGGAGCCAGUGCUUGCCUCCAGCCUGGCCCGGCGCCGUGGCAUGAAGACGCUCACGUCCACACGCCUGUAGCCAUCCCUGAGUUGCCCUGGACCACAACAGGACCCAGCUGAGCUGCCUCUCUGGCACUUUCUCACCUCCCCGCACCGCGGACCUGCACCAUGUUCCACCUGGAUAUGCAGAGGCCUCAGAUGUCCAGGGUCGGGGAGAACCUUGGCUGUGGUUUCACGGGCCUGAGCUGAUCCAAAGAGCCCCGACCCCUCGCUUCAGCCAGGCUUGAGAGGCACCAGCUGUGGGUGCCAGGGUGGAGAGUGGAGCUCCGGUAGACACGUGCACAGAGACUGCUGUGGACUCUUGGAACUCCACAUGUUCUGGCUGCUGGGAAGCCUAUGCUGUACCCCAAGCCAUCCGUAUGGGAUCUCUGAAGAUGGGGUCGGGGGCAGCAGUCAUGACCCCUUGUGGAAGCCGUAUUGUGUGUCAUGUGUCGUGUGUUCGUGGAGUGCUGCUGUUUGGUGCUGAGUCGUGUAUGGGGGCAGGUGACAGGCCCAGAGCUAGCUCAGUCUCCUGUUCUCCACCGAGUCUCCAGAAUGAGGCCUCCAUCCAGCUCAGCGACCUGGUCCUGUCUGGUUCCGAGGGGCCACAGGGCCCUGCCAUUCCCAGCUGGGUCCCAAGUCCAUUUCCUCUCCCACCCUUUGUGUACCCCAAAGUGCCAUGCUCACAAAAGAACCCUGUAGCAAAGUCUCCCUGCUCUGGAACCUUAACACUACAUGGCUCUCCCAAGCUUUGACCAUUCUGGGGACUCCUGACCGUGGAGCGCUCUUCACCCUACCCUCUGACCCCUGGCACCUUCCCUUGGAGCUCGAAGUAGCCUUUCUGCAUUUUUGCAACAGGAAACUUAUUUCCCAAAGCUGCCUUGUCUGCACUGCAGCACAGUUUCAGGUCCACCAAGGGGGACUGGGGUCCCAGAAACUGGGAUGCCCCUGCUGUGCCAUCUGGGCCCACUUCUCACCUUAGCUGAACAGAAGCAUCACACACUCGGAGCAUCGGAGCAUCGCUUCAUGAGCCUCCACUUGGGACCCCCACCGAGCCAGGCAGACCCUAAUUCCUGAGAUACCUCCAGCCCGGCCAGCACAAGACCAUCUGUGAGGUGCAGCCAGCCUCAUGCUUAGGCUCUGGGGGUGCCCUGGCCACCUUCUAGAAGGGCCCAGACUGCAUAAACGCCCUGGAGUGGCUGCCCCAGGGGCUUCAUUUUGGGGAUAUGCUGGAGGGCAUGUGAAGAUGCGAGAGUGAGGCAUCUUUACUUGUCCAGGGUUCCAGCCUCCUCCGUGGCCCGUCCACACACACACCUGGCCAGUAUUGCCCACAACGUGGUGUCUCCAGCCACACACCUCUCACCCUGCGCAUGCACCCCGUCGCCCACGUGGCUGUCUUGCUCUCUGGUGCCAUGUAAAUGGGAGAAGCCAGGAGCAGUGCCCAGGACUCUGCAGGCGCCCUCAUCAUGCUGGCCCUGAGCCCUGAGCACCCACGCUGCUGCCCACUGCUCCCCAGCCUGCUCGGCACUGCAGUUGCUAUACAGAUAUUUAUUACGCGCUCUGACUUUCUCACUGGGUUUUGGAAUAAACAAGGAUUUUAUGAUGA